UGUAGUCCGGGCAGGAUGAGGUGGGACGCGCUGAGCCGGAGGCUUCGCUGGGCGGCGGCGGCGCCGCGGCGCCUCCUCGACCCCCGGGCGCCCCCCUGGGCCGCCGCCGCCGCCGCCUGGCCUUCGCCCUCCUCGUCCUCGCCGCCGUCCCCGGCGUCGUGCUGGAGCUGCGGCCUGGCUCUGCCGCCCGCCUCGCCGCCGCCGCGCUUCUUCUGCCCUUCGUGCCGGGCGCUGCAGCCCCCCGAGCCCCGCGCCGACCUCUUCCGCCUCCUGGGAUGCGAGCGCAGCUUCCAGGUGGACGUGGGCCUCGUCCAGCAGCGCUUCCGGAGCCUGCAGCGAGCGCUGCACCCCGACUUCUUCAGCCAGAGACCUCAGGCGGAGCAGAUUUUUUCUAAGCAACACUCUUCUCUGGCUAACAAAGCCUACCGGACGCUCCUGAGCCCCCUGAGCCGUGGGCUGUACCUGCUGGAGUUGAAUGGAGUAGAACUGGAGAAAGGAACAGACACUGAGGCAGACCCUGAGUUUCUCUCAGAAAUCAUGGAAAUUAACGAGAAACUGUCAGAUGCAAACAAUGAUGCUAAAAUAGAAGAGAUGGAAAACUUUAUUGCAGCUAAACAAGAGGAGCUGAUUAAGGAUGUGAGCAGAGCGUUUGAACAUGAUGAUCUUCAAGAAGCCAAAAAAUAUCUAGCCAAAAUGAAAUAUUUUGCAAACCUAGAAGAAAAGCUGAAGAAAAAGAAAAUCCCUUCCUGACUUCACAGUAUUUCCUAGGAUGAGUGGUUCCCAUCUGAAUGUUUGAUAGGCAACUCAAAGCAAUGAGGCCACAGUGCAGUGCAUUCUUUGGCAUGACAUAGAAGAGAAUGGGCAUGAUACCUGCUCCUCAACCUGUGGAAAACAUCUCACUGCUCCAUUGUCAAGAUGCUCUUCGAUAAACACUUGAGUGCAGAGACCCUGCUUUGGAUGAGGCCAUACUUAGGAACUGCCUAAUUUAGCCCUGCUUAUGUCUGGGAAAUACAUGUUAUGCAUUGUUUUGAGCUCCCAAGCUUAUAAAUCAAAAUAAAUGUGUGGCCUCUGGAUACA